CACACACACUCUCUACUGUAGCUCUCUCAGAGACCAAAGUUCUGAUCAGAGUUAUCUAUCUCUGCCCCCGAGAUUCUAUAGAAGCUUGUUAAGACAGGUUUGAUGGGUAAUAAGCUGGGAAAGAAGAGACAGGUUGUGGAGGAAAGAUACACAAAGCCACAACAAGGUUUAUUAUACAUGAACAAAGAUGUCGACUUCAAAAAGGUUAAGAAACUCAUCUUGGAGUCUAAGCUUGCUCCUUGCUAUCCUGGUGCUGAAGAAAGCUCUUGUCAUGAUCUUGAAGAAUGUCCAAUUUGCUAUCUGUACUAUCCGAGCCUCAAUAGGUCAAGAUGUUGUUUGAAAAGCAUUUGUACAGAGUGUUUUCUGCGGAUGAAGAAUCCUACUUCAGCUCGACCUACUCAAUGUCCGUAUUGCAAAACAUCAAACUAUGCUGUUGAGUAUCGUGGAGGGAAGACUAAAGAGGAGAAGAGCAUUGAACAAAUUGAAGAGCAGCGAGUUAUAGAAGCCAAAAUAAGGAUUAGGCAGAAGGAAGUUGAGGAAGAAAGAAUGCAGAAACGUCUGGAAUCACCUUCUUCUUCUAGGACAAGUGAAGUGACAGCUAAUACUGAAUAUGGUUCUGCUGCAGAUGAGGAUGAGGAAACUGUUUCAUCUCAAGACUCAUGUGUUACAUCACACCCUCGGGUUAGCAGGGAUGGUGAGUUUGACUAUGAUCUUGAGGAUAUAAUGGUGAUGGAAGCAAUAUGGCUCUCGGUUCAGGAACCUGGAAGUCAGAUGAAUAACUCUCCUGAAGAAGAUCAUAAUGUAGGACCAUUGAUGCCGUCGUCUUCAUCAUCUUCCCCAUCUGGUGGGCUAGCUUGUGCAAUCGCUGUUCUUGCUGAACGCCAGCAAAUGGUUGGCGAAUCUUCCUCCAAUCAAAACGUUAACAUUUCAUUACACAACAUGGGUCCGGGCAUGUGCAACAGCAGUCAUUACAAUGCCAUGGAACAAGAUAGUAACCAUUACCGUCAAGCAACAGGAAUCAGCGAUACAACGAGAUCUGAUUUGACUGACGAUAGUGGCAGAGAGGUUUCCAGGGAAGUUACAUGGCAAUAGUGUUUCCCAAAGGAAAGCUAAAGUUCUUCAUAGUCUUUGCUUUAUGUAUAUGUUAGUGUGAGUUUGGUGAUCUUGGGUUGUAGUUUUCAGGAUGUUUGUUGAUCAUUUCAUACAUGUACCAAUAGGAAAAAUAUUAAAUGGUUUUCAGUUUUUUUUAAUAUAAAAGGUUUUGAUUAUCAAUAUGAACUAAUAUUGUUAUAGGUUGUGACUUGUGAUGGAUAGGAUAAUAGUGGAAGGAUGAUGCUAAGGGACCGAGUUAAAGCAAUUAGUUAGUAGUUGAGCAAAACGAAGAGAACAUGCUUUGAAUAAAACACCAACCUGUGUUAAAUAAAAAGGUCGCUUGAUGAUGCAAGUUUUGGACUUGAUUACUGCUAAUGUGUGAGUGCUCUCUCACACCUCAAAUAGUUUAGGUUUUAAUUAGUUUAUGCAAUAUCUCACUUUAAAAAACCACCAACCAGUCGACCACAAAAAUAUAUGCACAAAACCAAACAACUGAAAACCACAUCCAAUUUUCCGCUCAUUAUUUCUCCGCAACCCUCUUCCUUGCAGCCUUCCUCUUAAUUCUUCCUCCAAGGCUUCUUCCAAGAGUUCUUCUAAGUCUUCUCCUCAAACUUAUUCUCCUCAGUAAGACAGAGAGAGAGAGAGAGAGAGAGAAACUGAUCUAUCCACGGCCAGUAGUAAAGAUCAACCACUUCUAUUUCAAGAGAAACCAAAUGUGAGGAUCUAGGUUGAGGGAAAAGUUGCUAAAGUUUAGUGUCUUUCAAAUUCUUGAAAAUCUUUUUAAACCAGUUGUCUACUGUAAUUAUUAUGGUAUUUUGUGAAUCUGAAUUCUGUUAAGCCAAUCGUCUAUAAAAAAUUUCAUCAGCAACUUGGUUGUC